UAAAAUAUGGGAGUGGGUCUUUAUUCAACGUAAUUCCACGUACCUUGCACACUGUAUGACAGAUUGCACGCUAUAUAAGGAGCCACUAUUAUCAAUACUAUUAUAAUGAGUAGGGUAGCUUUUGAUCCAAACUGGACUAUUACUAUCAUAACGUAAACAGAACAUGGGCUCAGGUGUCACCAUAAGUUCUGCGUGUUUUUUUUUCAUAAUUUGAAGUUCAUGAAAUUAUUGUAGGUUAUGGUUUUCUAGGAUGGGUAGAGUAACGAGAAACUCAACUUCUCUUUUGUUUGGCCUGAUGCAUUUACAUCAUGUACUUACACCAUCCACGAAUGUGAUAAAAACUGAACGUCACGGCCGCACCCAUUUCCAAAGGAAAGCAACGACUUCAUCUGAGGCAGGAAGCAGCGACCUUCCAAACAGUUUUUUAUUAAUCAACCUUACGCAUCAAGCAAUUAUCGCUAUGUCUACGAUAACUUGCGGAAACUGCGAUGAGAAAGAUGAAGCUGUCAUCUACUGCCAAGAGUGUGCAGAAUAUCUUUGCGAAAUUUGUAACAAUGCGCACUUACGCAGCAAGAAAACAAAAGAUCAUAAAACAGCUCCAAUCAAGCCACCAAAAUGUGAAGUUCACACCGACCGAGACCACUGCGAGACUUCAUGCACUGAGGAUCAUCAGUCCCACAUAGUCCAUGAUUUAUCACAGGCAAUAGAAUCAAGCAAGAACGCAAUUACGGAACUUGUCACAAAUGUUGGGCACCGCCUAGAAAACCUAGCUAAUCAUGGUCAGUUUCUUGAAAGUUUACACAACAAACACAAACAAAUGAUACAGCAGAAACACAAAAUUAUCACCGAUGACGCAGACAGAAAAGUUGCUGAAAUUCGUGAACAGGAAAAAAAACUCAAAGAAAAAGUUGAACAAUUCUGCAACGAAAGAGGCAAACAACUUGAGGAACAUAUUAUCGUCAAUCGUAGAAAGGAAGAAAAGAUCAAGCAACACCUUGAAAAGGUGACAAAUGAAAGAAAGCAAGUCGAGGACUCGGAUCUGCUGGAAAAGCGAAAGAGCCACACGCAGGACUUUCACGAUGCACUGGCUGUUGACCAACCAACUGGAUGUUCCUGCUUGAAUUUUCAAGAUUUCAAAGACAAUUCAGCCUUCAAUGAUGACGAAAUCUAUCUGAUGUUUGAGAAAAAACGAAGCAUGACUGACUCAGAGAAGGAUGACAUUAUGAUGAACGUUGGCACAAGGGUGGUACGAGGAAAGAACUGGCCUUUUGGUCCCCAGGAUGGUAUCCCGCCUCGUGAAGGUGAGAUUGUAGGAAUCUCCAGUACGAAAGAAGUUUCUGUCCGAUGGGACGCAGGCGAAACUCAUCAUUAUUAUCCACGUUUUCUUGAACUUGCUUAAGAACUGUUAAGCAGAAAACAGUGCUUAGAAAAUGUUUCAGCUAUGAAACAAAAAAUGAGUUGAGAACCAGUGACAACACAAUUUAAACUUUUGAAAAAUCUGCCUGGAAACCUGUUCCAGCUAUUAUGCAAUACUUACAGGCUUUAUGAAAUCCAGCCACAAAUUGGGCCAAUUGAAUAUAAGCACAAAAGAUGUGCUAAGUACAGAAACAUCUUGUUUGGCAGAAACUGGGUACCAGCCAAAAUUCCAUUGAAGUUGACAUUGUUGCAACUGUUGUUACAAUUCUGCUUGGCAAAGAAAUGUGCUAAGCAUGCAGUAUUUUUUGCUAAACAGCUUUAUGAAAUUGGGCCCUGGAUCGCAAAUUCAAGAAGAAAUUUGGCUUUAAAAAGUUCUGCUUUGCAAAACUUAGCACAAAAUCACCCUGGGAUGGUACAUGUUGUACAACAUUUGUCCGAUAAUCUCAAUUUGGUGAGGCAAAAUUUGUUUACUUCUGUGCUUUAAAACAGCUCUAUGAAAGUGGGCUACGAGAUCAACAUUGACGACACUAUGGCUAUGCAUACAGCAACAAAGUAGCUGUCAUUUUAUGUUUAUAAAUUGGACCUUUGACCUUUUUGAGUUAAUGUGAGUAGAUUAUGAAAAUGCAAUUGGAAUUCUAAAGUGGAAAUGGUGACAAUGAUUUUUCUUCACAAUUAGUAGAGUAUUAAACAAAAAACAAACUUUAAAAAAUAAUACGUUUGUUUAGCUUGUUACUUGCCUUUUAAGUUGUUUUUAUUAUAAUGAAUUGUAAAAGGUGUGAUGCAAUUUUGGGGGAGUAGUUUGUAUAGCGGACAUUUUUAAAGUAUUUUUAAAUCUCAUUUUUAAAGGUCCCCUUUAGGGGAAGCAUUUGUUGAUGUGCACCGAAUUUGAUAACCGUUGGUUUAGCAUCGUUUACUUUUUAUAGUGUACUUUAAAAACACUGUAUGUAUGCUUGUAUCUUUUUAUACUGUAUUGUGGUGAGACACCGGACACUUUUGGUAAUUGUCAAAGACCAGUAUUUACACUGGUGUAUCCCAAAAAACAUGCAUAAAAUCACA